AUGCGUUCUCAAGGAUCCUUGAAAAACCAAGGGAAAGAUUUAUUUUCGCGUCAGGUCGUACUCAUAACCGCAGCAGGUCUCCAAGGUGAACAGCCUCUAGUUGAUAGAAUAAUGCAACUUGCGUUGGAAUCUUUGGCUAUUUGGGUUGGAAGGCUUUGGCUGUAUUUCGGUACAUCCGCAUUGCGAUGGCCAGAAAGUGGUGUUGACGCAAUGUGA